ACAGAAAUAAUAUUCAUAUAUAUGAGAAACUUGGUAAAAACAUACUACAUAGAAUGUGGAUUCAUCGAACACUGCCUCGAUGUAAUACACUCAGAUGUGUUACUCAUAUUCGAAAACAAUCUACAUCACCAAAAAGUGUUGCAUCUACAAAUCAUGCUCAGAUAUGUCGACAGCAGGACAUCUCGAUGAAAGGAAGAAGUUUGCUUUCACUAGCAGACUAUACUAGAGAAGAUCUUCUUCAUUUAUUGAGCAGUGCUGCUGACCUAAAGUUAAGGAUGAAGCAACUGAACGAAAGAUUCCGCAAGCUGGAAGGAAAAUCACUUGGAAUGAUCUUUGAGAAAACCAGCACACGCACUAAAAUAUCAACAGAAAUUGGAAUGAAUUUGUUAGGAGGACAUUCUUGCGUCAUACCAUAUGAAGACGUUCAGAGCAACGCUAAUGGAGGGUCGGUAAUUAAUUAGAAGCAAGCUUUCGGAUCUUCCGGGAACUCGUUUAUGAAUAUUGAUAAAUCAAUGAAUUAAGACAAUCGUUAAUGUAUCUGCUAACACUCUCGCUAUAGUUCAUAUAUAUACAAUGGAAAUGAGCAGUGAAAAAAAAUACUUUACUCUGUCGAUAUAUAUAUA